AUGCCUGGUCUCGUUUCCAAUUGGAAUCUUAUUCAGAAUUAUAUACGUAAUAUUGCAAUUGUUUGUGACAAAGAAUAUACGAAAAAUGUUCUUGUUGAAAUGUUAAUAAAAUGUAUUCCAUGGAAUCAGAAACUUAUGUUUUGUGCUAUUGAACAACGUGAUAUAACACCAAUAAUCGAACAAUAUAUAGAAGAGAAGAAAAUUGGUAACUAUGAAAUAUGGACAUAUAUUCAAUUUCAAUUAGACAAAAAUCUAUUUAUGGAAAAAUUGAAAAUACUUUCAACAACAGUUCCUCCAGGAAUUGAAAUUCGACCAUUGAAACCAGAAGAUGCAUACUUUAUUAUAGAAGCUGGAGGUUACAAAUCAUAUGAUAUGUAUACCGUGGAUCAAAUUCAAUUUUCUAUUAAAAAAUUAUGCACCAUGGGUAAGUUUUGGUCUAUUUAUGUCAACAUAGUUUUAUAAUGAUCAAGAUUUUUUUUGGAAAACAUCCUUAAGAAGAAAAUGCAAGUUCAGAAUCCUCCUUGAGAAAACAUUCUGUGAAAUUAUUGAUAUGAAUUUUUUAAAAACAUUUCCAGAAUGGAUGUUUCUUCAGUUCUAAAUCUUUCUUGAAUAGUGUAAAACGAGCUUGAUUGUAAAUUUAAAAAAAACAGGUGCAUAUCUUGAUGGCAAACUAAUUGGUUGGCGACUUUUGCUAUACGAUGGUUCUUUCGACAUGGUAUAUACGCUUCCUGAAGCUCGUCGAUUCGGACUCGCGUCUCUGUUAAGUGUUCGAUUAACGACAGAAAUGUUCAAAAUGCAAGAACGUGUAUUUGGGUAUACAGCUUUAAAUAAUCAAAAAUCAAUGGGAUUAGCGGCAAAAAUGGGAUUUCAUGAAACAGGCUUAUAUGAUUGGAUUGUAUUCGAACCGAAUGAUAUCUCCGUCAAAGAAGAUCCACAACAUCCUCAGAUACUGAAAUCUUCGAUCUAACUUUUCUUUAUUAAAGACUCUUUUGAUCGAAUUACCUUUUUAUUAUCAUCAAAUUUUACACAAAAAUAUAUAAAUCAUUUUGUAACUAAUACGUGUGUUACAGAUCAUCGACAACUUUCAGUUAAGAACUUUUUCUCUCUUUCGAACGAACUAGCACGUUUGAACUUAAUACUAUCAUGUGGAAAGAAGAGAUAAAAUUGGAGGGUGUGGGUGUGGGAUGUGGAUGUGGAUGUAGACUAGGAGGGUGACUCACACCAACACACCCAAACCCACACUCCACCCACACCCACACACCCCCAAUUUUAUCUCUUCUUUCCACAUGAUAGUAUUAAGUUCAAACGUGCUAGUUCGUUCGAAAGAGAGAAAAGGUUCUUAACGGAA